GCUCACAUGUUCACUACACACUAGUGUGAACUCUUCACUUAUAAAGUGUUUAUAAUAAAUAAUUCAGUAAUAAAAAUGCCUACACAGAGUGUUCCAGUCCGAGAUGCAGCUGUGCUCACCAGAUUACUGCAGCAGUAUCUGUUAUUAUUAAAGAAAUACCCGAUCAUCACCAAAUCUGUUACCAGCGCCAUCCUAUCAGCAACCGGAAACCUGCUCUCUCAGGCUGUCGAGGCCAAGAAGAAGCUGAAAGAAGGACGUUCCAGAAAGAACGUGGACGUUUACGGGCCCCUUCGUUUUGCAGUGUUUGGUCUGGUCAUCACAGGACCGGUGAGCCAUUAUUUCUACCAGCUGUUGGAGGUGAUGUUUCCAGCGGCCGUAUCGUUCCCCAUGCUUAAACGACUCCUGCUGGAGCGGCUCGUCUUCGCCCCUGCCUUCCUCCUCCUCUUCUUCACUGUGAUGAACGCUCUGGAGGGUAAAUCCAUCGCAGAUCUUCAGGACACAGUGAAGACGAGGUACUGGGCCGCACUCAAGAUGAACUGGAAAGUCUGGACACCGUUUCAGUUCAUCAACAUCAACUACGUACCUGUACAGUUCCGGGUUCUGUUUGCUAACCUGAUCGCUCUGUUCUGGAACGCAUACCUCACCUCCGUCAGGAACUGAGACCCACCGUGAGCUGGAACCCUGUUCCUCCUCGGGUCAGUACUGAUGGAUCCUGCGUGCCUUUAAAAGACUCGUUACUAAAUCAGGUCUGAAUCACUGCACACUUCUCCAGUCUGUCCUCAAAAUCAUAACGAGGUGGAGGUUUUGUUACCUGCUGCUGAGCAUCUGGACAACAGCUGGAUGAGCUCAACUUCUGCACUACAGAUGAACUUUUAAUGAAACCACAGAACAGAUUGCAGUAAAUCUCCUGAUGUAUUUUCUAAUUCUGAAUAAUGUUACAGUGUGAGGAAUCAUUUUAGCUCAGUAAUUAUACUGCACAAAUUUACACCACUAAAAUAUAAAACUAAUAAUUUACAGAUGUUUGUUAACAAGUGUUGAAUAAAACGUGAGUUUGUUUGAAUGAA